AUGAAUGUAACGUAUGCUUUCUAUUCGGGACAUGACUGUCCUUUGUCUUGCGAAACGACGAUCAACUACGUGACCUUUAACGAUAGCAACCCUCUACUGCCUUGGAAAGUCGACGCGUGUCGCAGCGACUUGCGCAUUACGUCUCUGUAUCUAUGCUUCGAUGAAUUCUGCCAACGAGAUGGCGCAAUCGCGAGUUGGAUAGAGACUCAAAGUCUCUGGUGCUCCCAAAAUGCAAACGUCACAUUGCCUUCCCUGCAACACGCUUUGGAUCAAUGGUCAUCAGAGGCGAAGAACAAGGUGGAAAGAUUAUCUGCCACCGACGCCCUCAAGUUCCCAUCGCUAAACCACCUGGUGAUACCUGAACAUGACCUCUUUAAGCGAGCAUAUACCACUGUGGAAACUGCUAACUGGGAGUACAAGAUACAUCUUGUAUACGGGUGGUACAUGUACUACUUUUGGAUCAUAGUAGUCCUUAUUGGCGUCGCAAAUCAUCUCUUAUCGUUUGUCUACAAGCGCCGACGUACGGAAACGCCAUACUCGAGGCUUCCCGCUCUCCAAGAGAACUCUACUCGAAACCUGCGCACUGUUUCUGCUUUUAUUGUAUCCUGGUUGCGGCGCAAUCUCACCAUACCAGCUGCAUUUGGCAACCGCUGCGCGCGGCCCUAUGGCUGGUGCACCAUACCUCCUCGAAUCCAAUCGCUUACCAUUUUUCUGUUUGUUGUAUUCAAUAUAGCAGUUUGCAGCUGCUCUUAUCGACUUACUGAAGGGAAUCUCUACUGGCCAGAGAAGUCUGCACAGCUACUCCGUUUCGUGUCGGAUCGAACUGGCAUCAUAUCUCUUGCCAAUUUCCCUUUGGUUUGGCUAUUUGGGAUGCGCAAUGACUUCCUCAUUUGGAUAACUGGGUGGGGAUUUGGAACUUACAAUGUGUUCCAUAGAUGGGUCGCAAGAGUCGCAACUAUACAGGCCGUAUUGCACAGUGUAGGGUACACGGUGAUGAUCCUGGCGAGUGGAGGUUGGCCGAGCUUCUCGCAGUACUGGAAAGAACACUACUUUUGGAAUGGCGAAAUCGCAACCAUUGCAAUGUGUACCCUCCUCGUUCUUUCGGUAUAUGCCAUUCGCCGCCGACACUACGAUUUCUUCCUGGUCACGCACAUUGCGCUUUCUGUCGCAGUAUUGUGGACCAUGUAUUACCACGUCGAGCUAUUCACUGCCGGAGAGUGGAACAUAUUUAUAUGGCCUUGCGCUGCACUUUGGAUCCUCGACCGCGCUUUGCGUCUUACCCGGAUCUUCGCGUUCAACCGUAGACCGCUUAGUACCAACGCCAAAGCGACUUAUGAUGUAAACAGCAAUCUCGUACGUCUAGAUGUGGACGGCAGCAAGAGUUUAUUAGCUCCUCGAUCAGGAUCCUACUAUUAUAUCCAUGUUCUUGAUGACCUACGAUAUGCCCAUCAGAGUCAUCCAUUCACACUGGCUUUCGUUUCACCUGACGCAACAUCGUCAGCGAUUACACCUCUAGCGCCCCUAUCGCCUAGCCCUGAUAACACGGAAGAUCUACUAGGUUCCUCAACUGAGUCGGAUACACUCUUGUCAAACAAGGCGCCAAAAGCUUUGUCUAAUCUGGUGUUCCUGAUCCGGCCUUACAACGGGCUCACUUCUCGAUUGAGAUCAAGUUGCCUGUUGCAUCCAAGAAAGACCCGGGUUCUUGUCGAUGGGCCGUACGGUCAAGUUGUCCCUCUGCAUACCUUUGCGAAUGUAUUGUUCAUAGUCGGGGGUACAGGGGUGGCGAUACCGCUAUCACAUCUUAGUGGACUUGUCACCGGUUCAUCACAGGUCCUGCACAUAAAGAUAGUAUGGGCAGUUCGUGAACGCGCGUUUCUCACCACACUACUCCGUGAUUUUCAUGGCGUAUUGGGUAACGAGAAGGUUGAUAUGGAGGUACAUAUCACGAGGGAUGUUGACCAUGACGAUGAAGUCCUUGACAAAGACCUCAAGAACGUCAGGAUCGCAACCCAAAGACCCAACGUGUAUCAGGUUGUGAAGGAAGCAGCAGAGAAUGCACGUCGGGGAUCACUAGCGGUUGUUUGUUGUGGACCAGCACUUAUGGCUGAUCAAGCAAGGAGGGCUAGUGUACAUAUGUUAGGCAUGGGCCAUAGGGGCAUAGAGUACUUUGAAGAAAACUUCAAAUGGUAG